AUGCAGAUCGGGCAGGGGUUAUUACUACGCCAUUGGGGACACCUGGAGCCCAGCCGACGAGCCUUGCAAGAAGUGCACCUGUCAGGCGGACGGAGACGCCACCAAAACAGAAUGUGUCGCCAGAAACUGCCCCGAUCCACCAGGUCCCAAUUGCCGUCCACUCACCCUGCAGUUCCAGUGCUGUCCUUACGACUGGGAUUGCUCCGACUCAUACUUAAUCACGACGCCAAGGAAAUGGGUCAGAGGGCAGGAAGCGUCCGUCUGCAUCUUCCUCAUCGGCUCACCAGACAUCACAUUGAAUUUCUUGCUCAAAGACAAUUCGGAGGUUGUGUCCCAGGUCACCCUAGAACAAACGGCUGCAAGCGGAUACCACUGUGUGAAUGUGACAGUUCCCAGCAGCACUGGGUAUAAUUCUGUGCUUGAAAUUUCUGGAGAAAUAAACACUGCGUCCAUCUCCGAAAAACGCGACCUGAUUCUUGUGUCCCUCACGCAGACUUUUAUCCAAACCGACAAAUAUCUGUACAUGCCGGGCCAGUUAGUGCUGUUCCGCAUCCUGACCAUUACUGGAACGAGAGCUCUCGUUUCUUAUGAAGACAUUCCAGAGAUAUGGAUCAAAUCGCCUAGUGGCAGAAGGUUGAUACAGUGGAAAAACACUCCCAUUCCAGUUGGACUGCUGCAGUUGGACUUCCAGUUAGCUGAGGAGGUGGAAGAGGGCACUUACCAGAUUUUCGUGAGAACCGAAGAGACAAGAGCAUCGCAGAGUUUCAAAGUGGAAGAAUAUGUGUUGCCAAGAUUCAGCCUCACCAUUCAGCCACCUCCAUAUGUCUUGGCAACCGACACAGAAGUCGUUUUCUCUGUAUGUGCCAAGUACACCUAUGGUCAGCCUGUUAAGGGGACUCUUAAGCUGUCUGUGACCAGGCCCUAUUAUUAUUAUUACUACUACUACAAUCAACCAACGUUUGUAUAUGUGGAGAAGACACUCAGCGGUUGUGAGGAAGUCAGUGUAGCAACGGUUAACAUUGGUUACAGCGGAUAUCAAAUGGAAGUGAAAGGUUCUUUUGUCGAAGAGGGAACAGGCAACGUCGCGAAUACCACAGCUUCUGUGGAAGUGCACUACGCAUCUACCAUUUUAGAAACCAUCACCCCUGAAGAAAACGUGAAACCGGGACUGCCGUAUAAUUUCAGAGUGAAGGUGACUAAACCAGGUUCUUCGACGCCCGAGGGCGUAAUUGUUUCAGUAUGUGGGGGCUAUGGCAAUCCUUGUAAAGACUACUCAGCAGAUGAAUCCGGAAUCAUCAAUGCCUUCAUUCCUUCUCACCUUCUUGUGGACUCCUCAUAUUCCUAUAUUUGGGCACAGGCCCUCAAUGGAAAUCAGCAAGGCAACCUGGGUUGGCUAUAUCCUAGUUCCACCAGUGCGUCCCCGUCAAAAUUCUUUUCUGCGUCUCAGUCCAGUCUUAGCCUGGGGUUGCUGCCUAAGUCACACAAAUGUUCACCUAGUGGAAACACAAUCACAAUCCCUGUGAUGUUUGUGGCUAACGAUACUGCUUCCAUCAUUCUGCACAUCCAGGUGUUCUCAAGAAGUCAGAUCACGUACACCAGCGAAGAAGUCCACGACUUGACUCCAAAUGACCUCCCAAUCAGUGAGUCAGAUCUUCUGGAGCCUUUGCAACCACUCAGUGACAGCAGCCUCAUCAGAGGAUACUUCAACAUUGACAUUCCCUUAGGGCCAUUGACUUCACCUCAUCUUAAGGUCCUGAUAUGGUACUCCCGCAGCGAUGGUGAGGUCGUAUCAACCUCUGGAAGAGCAGAUGUGAGCAAAUGUCUCAGGAACCCGACCUCCCUCAGGUGGGAGACGAAAACAGAUGCUUUGCCCUCUCCAAAGGAUGACGUCAGUCUCGUCCUUUCGUCCGCGCCGAGCUCAGUCUGUGGCUUAGGGGUGGUGGAUGAAAGCGUUGAACUGCUCUCUGGAAGUCAGCGAGGAACCCCGACACUUGGAGCAAUAUUCCAGCUGUUCGAAGCAGCAGAAGUUAACCAGUGGGAAAACUCACAAGUCAAUGAUUAUCUUUAUUGCAAUGGCAAUAACGAAAACUCUGUUAUCGAUUACGACUAUAGCGCCGAGGUGCCUGCAGGAAAUCGAAGAAGAAAGCCCAAUGGAUACACUAACAUGCAAGAUGCCUUGAAAUCUUUUGACGUGGCAGGGGUGUACGUCAUAAGCGAUCUGACUCUGGAGACAAGGCCCUGUUAUUACACUUAUACUUACUACUAUGAUUAUGGAUUCAAUGAUUAUGGCGCUGCAGGGAUGACCACCUCGGGUGACUAUGGUAAUCUCCCCACUACAACAGAAGCUACGGCAUCUUUCGCACCAAUCACAGAACCUGCCUAUACUACAAGUGGGUAUGUGGAUAUAGUCCCUAAUCCGGAAAAAGUCGAACUCGAGCGGACCUACUUCCCUGAAACAUGGCUCUGGGAAAUCGUUGUCAUUAGCGAGAGUGGCGAGACGGCGAAGGAGGUCGAACUUCCGGACACCGUGACGACGUGGGUGGGCGAGGCCAUCUGCCUCCAUCCAGAGUUGGGCAUCGGACUGAGCCCCAAGUCCUCCAUCACCUCCUUCGUGCCCUUCUUCCUAGACCUCAGUCACCCAGCCACCGCCCGCAGGAACGAGAAGGUCCCCGUCCUGGUCUCCGUCUUAAAUUACCUGACCACAAGUCUGCCUGUGACCGUUGAGUUGCUGCCAAGCGCAGAUUACACGUCUCCGACUUAUUCAAUGAAGACCUGCGUCUCCGGCAGCGGGAAGGAAGUGGUGCAGUUCUUGGUGGUGCCUCUGGAGGCCGGGGACGUCAACCUCACC